UUCUUUCAAAACAUCAGCCGACACCAGUCUUCUCCCUUGACUCUACAUCUUGUAUCAAAGAAACCCUAAUUCAAAAAAAAAAAUGUAGCCGCCUCCCUCAUCUCUCCCGAUCCUCCGGUCACCGGAAUGGAUCUUCGGUCGGCUCUCCGGCGACAACGCAACCCAGGCGCACCCUCUUCCUCUCUCCUUCUCGACUUCAACCAGCCAACCACACAAACACCUCUCUACCACUCCCGUUCUCCUCUCCCUCGCCCUGCACAAACGGCCGACCACCACCUCAGUGGUGGCGACGCACAAACAACAGCAGCAACAGCCGCAGAGAAGGUGGUGGUGCACGACGGUAGUAAAACGUCGGAACUGAUAACGGUAGUGGUGCUGUGCGACGGCUCACGGUGGUGUUUCAGGUUCGGUUCAGUCCCGGGUGUUUUGGAUUGUUCUUGGUGUCUCGGUUCAAACCUGGUUAUCAUGGUCAACACUGGUCAGACCAAUCCGGCUCGAUGUUCGGUUCGGAGUUCGAGUCAACACCCGAGGCCGCCAGAAAGCUUCUUCCUUUCAUCUUCGGGUAGUUCUCAUUGUUUGGGGAUUUCUCAAUUCUUUACUCGUGCGUUAUUACAAGAAUUCUCAUACGCAACCAAUGUUAAUUAUUGAGAUGAUAUUCAAGACGAAACAAGAUUUAGGGUGGAGUAGACACACACCUAGACUAAUCUAUCUUUUGUUGUUAUGUUACAAUUUGAAACAAUGUUGUUAUUUCUUUUUGAAUCUUGUAUGACAUCUAGUAUUGCAAUGAAAUUUGAAUUUAAUUAAA